AUCUUUCUCUCACCAAUCUGACCUCCAACUCCUCCUCGUCAACUAUUUUAUUACUCGGCCAACUUCCACCUGCUUUUCCUUCUUCACGUCUUGGCACAAUCACUUCGCUAUCACAUUCGCAAUGCCUCCAUCUUCGCCAUACCACCACACGCGCAAGCGGCGACGAGUGUUGGGCGAGCUUGCUGGACAAGAUCUGAACUCUCCCAGACCUCUUACCAAACGCGCUCCCAUUACCCUAGACCAAGAAAACGUCGACGAGGUUCACGAAGGCCUCUACUACGGCAUCUACGAUAUUGGGGAAAUAUUUGCAGUCACUAACGGUACCUGGGCUGCUCCAGCACAAUCCGCGCGAGCUCAGCGCAUACAGGAAGAACAGUCUGACGACGAGGACUUCCCUAGUCCUGUGGGUGACGGUCCGGCGAGUGACAUUGAGCUUCAAGAUGAGGAUCAUGAUAACAACAAUAAUGAUCUUGAGGGCGAUGACUUUCACGAGGCCUUGGACGAGGGCAUGCAAGGGGCUGAUGACCGCCAAGAGGACGAGCACAACGGCGUCGACGAACAUGGAGACGAAUUUGGAUUCGACGAGGACGGCAACAGAAUUGAGCCUGAUGAAGAUCACGAGGAAACCGAGCAGCUCCAACACUCAAUGUUCGAUCCCUCCGCCAUUGGCCUCCGAGAGAUCAACAAUCUCGCCCACUUCGGCGUCUCCAGCCACAAGCCCGGAAAUGGCGUCGAGGAGCUCCUUACAGAGGACCUCGACAAAUACUGGCAAUCCGACGGCCAGCAACCCCACCUCCUGACCAUCCACUUCCUCCGCCGCGUCGAGAUCAGGGCCAUCAGAUUCUACGUCGACUACAACCUCGACGAAUCCUACACGCCCACCAACAUCGUUUGGUACGCCGGCACCGGGCACCACGACCUCAUCGAGUUCGCAGAUGUCAAACUCACCAACCCCGUGGGCUGGCAAGACGUGCCCAUCGCCAACUGCGGCGGCGGUCCCGACGGCCACUCGCUCUGCUGCUGGAUCGUCCAGGCCCACAUCAAAGAGAAUCACCAAAACGGCAAGGACACGCACAUCCGCGGCAUCAAGAUCUUUGCUAUUGACGAGAACACGGUCGGCGGUGCGGUGGCUGCUGGAGGCGAUGCGAUCCACGAAAUGGGAGUGAGGAUUGAUGAAGAGGCUGAGCGAAUCGAGGCUGCGGCUUUGGCAAACAACAACACAGAAGAAAACGACUACGACGAAGCAAGUCUAUUGGAGUUGCUGCGGCAUAUUGACCGUGAGACUGAAUCGGCGGAGGCGGGAAGCAGGAGCAGGUAUCGGCCUGGUGAGGGAGGGUUUUCGGAUCUUCCUGAUUUUAUGCGGGAUCCGGUGAUUCGUUGAACAGGGACGCGCCAGAGACCAUGGCUUUGGUUCGGACUGGAUUGUGGUUUUGGCCCAGCAAGGCGUUUAGUAUGGGAAUAUCUUGGCUGGAAAGGCGGCUUGUUGCUUCGGUUCAUCGAAACGGUGGAGUGUUUUUGGUCGAGCUUUGUUU